UUAGACAAAACCUAAUCGCAACGAGAGUGCUUUUCACGCUACUGUAAAAUGCAUGGUGACGAGAAGCGCUGGCAGGAGGAUGGUAAAAAUUACAAGAAAGUGCAACGCGCACUAGAGGAAAAAUGGAAGCUCGUCCCGGCGUUUCUGCAGGUGAAAGGAUUGGUAAAACAGCACAUCGAUUCGUUCAACUAUUUUAUCAACGUGGAUAUCAAGAAAAUCGUGCAGGCAAACGAAGAGGUGAAGAGUGAUGCGGAUCCUUGCUUCUACCUGAAGUACCUGAAUGUCCAAGUCGGCAAGCCGGACGUGGAGGAGGGUUUCAACAACACCAAAUCGACCACACCGCACGAAUGUCGCCUACGGGACAUGACUUAUUCGGCACCGAUCACGGUGGACAUCGAGUACACGCGCGGUACCCAACGUGUUGUGCGUAAUGGGCUGCUGAUCGGCCGAAUGCCCAUAAUGCUGCGGUCGUCCAACUGCAUCCUAACGGGCAAGUCAGACUAUGAGCUGUCGAAGGUGAACGAGUGCCCGAUGGAUCCGGGUGGUUAUUUCAUCAUCCGCGGCACGGAGAAGGUCAUUCUUAUCCAGGAGCAGCUGAGCUGGAACAAGAUGAUCACGGAGGACUACAAUGGCGUGAUUCAGUGCCAGGUGACCAGUUCGACGCACGAGAAGAAGUCUCGCACUAUACUGAUCACGAAGCACGGACGCUACUAUCUGAAGCACAACUCGAUGACGGAAGAAAUUCCGGUCGCUAUCAUCUUGAAGGCGAUGGGCAUCGCAUCGGAUCAGGAAAUCAUGCAGCUCGUGGGAAUUGACACGGAAACUCAGAAACGAUUCGCACCAUCGCUACUGGAAGCGGCAAACCAUAAGGUUUACACGCAGCAACGUGCCCUGGAGUACAUGGGCUCCAAACUGAUUGCUAAGCGAUUCACGACGGCCGCAACGAAGUACAAGACCACGGCAGACGAGGCUCGGGAUUUGCUGGCCACCACUAUCCUGGCGCACGUGCCUGUGCAUAACUUCAAUUUCCAGGUGAAAGCAAUCUACGUGGCACUAAUGAUACGGCGUGUAAUGGCCGCCGAGCUGGACCGGAGCGCCGUCGACGAUCGAGAUUACUACGGCAACAAGCGCCUCGAAUUGGCUGGAUCAUUGCUAUCGCUUAUGUUCGAGGAUCUGUUCAAGCGAUUCAACUGGGAGCUCAAGAUGAUCGCCGACAAAAACAUUCCGAAGAUAAAGGCGGCACAGUUCGACGUGGGCAAGCAUAUGCGUGAAGCGCUCAUUACGUCCGGAUUGGAGACGGCCAUCUCCACCGGCAACUGGACGAUUAAGCGGUUCAAGAUGGAACGGGCCGGGGUGACACAGGUUCUUUCGCGCUUGAGUUACAUCUCAGCGCUCGGAAUGAUGACGCGUGUGAACUCGCAGUUCGAAAAGACACGCAAAGUGUCCGGACCGAGGUCGCUGCAACCGAGCCAGUGGGGAAUGCUAUGCCCCUCGGAUACGCCGGAAGGAGAAGCGUGUGGUUUGGUGAAAAAUCUCGCCCUCAUGACACACAUUACGACGGAAGUGGAUGAAGAACCGGUGAUCCGGUUGGCGUACAACGCCGGCGUCGAGGAUAUUCGUCUACUAGGCGGUGAAACGAUCAACAACCCAAAGGUGUUUAUGGUGUUCAUCAACGGUAACAUCCUAGGUGUGACGAUUGCGUACCGGCGACUGGUGCAAGUGUUCCGUAUGAUGCGACGCCGCGGACUGAUCGGAGCGUUCGUGUCGAUCCAUACGUCGUUCACGCAGCGCUGCGUUUACAUCCACACCGACGGUGGACGGCUUUGUCGGCCGUACAUUAUCGUGCAGGAGGGGCGAUCUCUCGUCCUGCAGGAACACUUGGAGCAGAUGAAGCUGGGCUUGCGUAAAUUUGAUGACUUUCUGCACGAUGGGCUGAUCGAGUAUCUGGAUGUGAACGAGGAAAACGAUUCCUUUAUUGCUUACCAGGAGCGUGACAUUGACCCGGAGAAAACCACUCACCUGGAGAUUGAACCGUUUACACUGCUGGGUGUGUGUGCUGGGUUGGUCCCGUAUCCACACCACAACCAGAGCCCCCGAAAUACGUACCAGUGUGCGAUGGGUAAGCAAGCUAUGGGCAUCAUCGGUUACAACCAGAAGAACCGCAUCGACACGUUGAUGUACAACAUCGUGUACCCGCAGACGCCGAUGGUGCGUUCGCGUACAAUCGAGCUUACCAACUUCGACAAGUUGCCGGCUGGACAGAACGCCACGGUGGCCGUAAUGAGUUACUCGGGCUACGAUAUCGAGGACGCACUCAUCCUCAACAAGGCCUCGAUCGAUCGCGGGUACGGCCGGUGUCUCGUGUACAAGAACAGCAAGUGCACGAUCAAGCGGUACAGCAACCAAACGUUCGACCGUAUCAUGGGCCCAAUGAAGGACGCCCUCACAGGGAAAAUUAUCAGCAAGCACGAGUGUCUCGACACGGACGGGAUCGUGUCGCCGGGUGAGCGACUGCUCUGCAAGCAGACCAUGGUCAACAAGGAGAUGCCAGCGGUCAAGUCAAACAAUCCGAUCGAGCAGAAAGAGUCCGGUCAGCAGCCGAUCGCGUACAGUUCGGUGCCGAUCACGUACAAAGGCACCGAACCAAGCUACGCCGAGCGGGUGCUCGUCUCGACGAACAACGAGGAAGAGUUUCUGGUGAAGAUUUUGCUGCGACAAACACGCCGCCCCGAAAUUGGCGACAAGUUUAGCUCCCGUCACGGACAGAAGGGUGUCACCGGGCUGAUCGUAGACCAGGAGGACCUUCCGUUCAACGACUACGGCAUGUCGCCCGACAUGGUGAUGAAUCCACACGGUUUCCCAUCCCGUAUGACGGUGGGCAAAACACUCGAACUGCUUGGCAGCAAAGCGGGUGUACUCGAAGGCAAGUUCCACUAUGGUACCGCCUUCGGAGGCUCCAAGUGUUCCGAUCUGCAGGAUGAACUGUUCAAGCAUGGUUUCAAUUAUCUCGGCAAGGACAUAUUCUACUCGGGCAUCACGGGUGAACCGCUGGAGGUGUACAUCUACUCCGGCCCCGUCUACUAUCAGAAGCUGAAGCACAUGGUGCAGGACAAAAUGCAUGCCCGUGCCCGUGGCCCCCGGGCGGUCCUGACGCGUCAACCGACGCAAGGACGCAGCCGUGAGGGAGGCCUACGGUUGGGCGAGAUGGAACGCGACUGUCUGAUUUCGUACGGCGCGAGCAUGCUGAUUAUGGAGCGGCUGAUGAUUUCGUCCGAUGCGUUCGACGUGGACGUUUGUAACGUAUGCGGCCGGUUGGCGUACUCGUCCUGGUGCCACAAUUGCCGAUCGUCGGCUAGCGUUUCCAAAAUCUCGAUGCCGUACGCCUGUAAGCUGCUGUUUCAAGAACUGACCAGCAUGAACAUAGUUCCGCGGUUAAAGUUGCAAAACUAUUGAGAACGCCUUUUCUCUGC